UAUAACCAUAACGUUUCAAUAUUGAUAUUAUUUCUAGAAUUAUGCGUGAAAGCAAAGAUGUCUUUAAAAGUUAUACAUAUUGGAGUUUUCGUUAUUCUCGUACUCAUGUCGUCCACAAUAUCGAAAUUGAGCCAAAUGAGACAAUUUUGUCUGAGAUUUCAAAAAAUAUAUCGCUCGUGAAUCAUCUAUUACAAGAUUUGAUGAAAAAGUACGAACUACUUAAACAUUUAACUCACACAGAGACGGAUAAUAUUAGCCACAACACGAAUAAGACUUUAAAUGAUUUCAUCAAAAUGAAGUCACAUUUUAAAAUCAGAGCAAAUAAUAAGAUAAAAGAGCCAAAAAAGACUCUUAGUGCAACUGAAUCUUAUAUAGAUCAAUUAACUGAAGACAAUGUCAGUGGGAUACAUAAGAAAAAAACCCUAAACGGAAAGAAAACCAAUGUAAAGAGUCAUUAUCGUCCAGGAGAUACUAAGGUCCAGUUAGGAUACCCUCUCAAAUCAGAAGGUAAGACUGUAUUCUUUACUGAUGAAUCAUCUGAAAAUAAUACGGAAGAGAAAAAUUACAAAAGGAAGCCAAGGGAAAAAAAGGUUUUCGGUAUAAAGGACAGUAUUUCAUCAGAUUCGCAAGAAGAUACAUUUGUAACAAAAAAAUCUCAAAGUUCAACAACACAAAAGAAAAUUAAAUUAAAAGAAAACCUUAAGCACAAAACGAUAACAACUCCAAAAGAUUAUUUAGAUGACGGAAUACUUAGAGGUAAUCCAAAAGAAAGUGAAGAAUCAGAAGAUGUAAAAAAAGUGUUAGUGAUUCAUUUAGAUAGUAAGAAAAAUCCUAAUGUAAAUCGACUACGACCAUCUAAUCCAAACGAAGUGAAAAUUGUGUCAACAAAACAGAAGCAACGCACAACGAAGUCAACUACUCGUAUGUUUAAAUCGGAUAUUACAGCCGACCCUAAUUCAGAUUUAGAAGAUCAUAAAGCGUUGCAAGAAGAAAUUUUAAGAGCGAAAACACUACGACAAGCCCUCGGUGAUGCCUGCAUCAUACUUGUUAAUAGGAAAUGUAAAAAGGUAUUAAAAAAUGUCCUAAAGGAUAUCUGCAAGAAGGAUAAAAGAUGCUCAAGUAAUUUCAACAAAGAUUUUACUGACAACGGAAUUGCUGCUUGUGACGAGGAGUUUAAUAAUCCAAAUGGAAAAACAGGCCGAAAUGUUCAUCAUGAUAAGCAUUUUAGUGAUUAUAAUGAUGAUGAAUCAGAUGAUGAUCGCGGUCAGGAUGACGACGAGGAACUGACUGGGGGUAUUUAUUUACAUGAUUUUCGAAUGAAUUGUAUAAAUCCCCACAGCAAGCUCUAA